AUAAUGGUGCUAUCCUUCCUGCAGUCAGGCAGAUAGAGCAGGCCUUGUAAAAGUAUGUGGGGUCGCCGUUUAAGCCAGGGGAGUCGGGGACUGGCCUGCUUUACGGCUUGCCAGGAUGACUCCCAUUUCCACCUCCUGCCAGGGCGCCUGUGCGUGCACCCACAAGCUGACACGGUCCACGCACGCCAGCUUGUGACCCGUGCCAAGGCGGUCGGCUAGUAGACUCAUGCCAGGUCAUUGCCACUGUGGCAUUGGCUGAGCUGGUUCGGAUUAUCGUGACAUAGCGCGUGACCGCACAUGUUGUCGUAGGAGACGGGAUGUUGGUCUCAAGCGUGCCACUUGCCAUGGGAGUUUUGCAUGGCAUGUCGUCCUGGGACCAGGGGUGCCGUGCCUAGGACCAUACAAGCAUUGCGGCAGGUUAAAGGCUGUGCGGCAGCUGGCGACAGCGACUUCCGACCGUCUCUCACUCGUCCUGAUCGUGUAAUGCAUGUAAUCUACGACCAACCUAUGCUGGGGGACCCGUUCAAGCGGAUGAAGUGAAGAGGUUUAAGCGAAGUCAUGCUCCUAUCGAUCUAUCUUAAUGUCUCCAGACUGCCAGACAUUCUGUUACGCUGUUUUCUAGACUUCUGUCUUCCUGGGCUAAUGUCUAGGGCAAGACUGGGCUAAUGUCACGGCUAAUGUCUAGGGCAAGACUUUGUUGGACACGGUUUCGACGGGUUUUGUCCUAAGUCCCCAAACCGCCGUGUACCCAGACGAAAGACGUCUGAGCUACAGCCCGAAAGCAACAAUACACCGAUACAACCCAUGAAUUAAGCCGCUAUGAUGAUGUGCGCCACCGCUGCAGGGGUGUGCGUGCGCCCAGAAGCUCCACAGGCUGGGUACCUGCCGCCUGCUGCCGCCACAGAGACGGCAGCGUGGCUCCACCUGGCAUGAAGCGCCGCCGCUGCCGGCAUAUGCGUCUGAGGCUUCUUCUUAUUCUGUUGCAAGCUGGAUGAGCUGAGCCGCACUUUGCUCCGAGAGGCCGCUCGCACUGAUGGCGACUGGGCAGUGUUGCCCCUGCGACUGUGAGCUCUAGGCCUCGGACUGGUAGCCGGGGGAAGACCAUGAUUUCAGUGGCAGACGCCCUACGGUAGUGUUAUGAGUGAUGACCUGCUCGGCCUGCUGCUGUGAAGUGGGCAUGUUCCAGUGGCCGGCUGAAGCUGGCGCGGGUGCCAAACUCUCCAUCUCCUUAAGGUU